AUGAGUGACUUAGAAUUUACUUUUAUAGAUUUUGAGGAAUAUAACACUAACACUCUCAAAGAAAAAAGUGAAGAUGAUAUUGAUCAAAUUACCCUUACAAAUUGGAGUGAAAUUGAGGUUGAACUUGAAGAAUCUGAAAAUUCUGAUCAUAAUAAUUCCUUUUAA